GACGAUCCGGUCUUCGUCAGACACGGCGGUCCGAGGACUCCGACGGCAAACAUCUUAUUCCGAUCCAAGUUCAGCAACAGGACGCCCGAGUCUCAGUCGUUCACGUUAAACUCGGUCCGUUCGACGACGUCCUCCUGCGAGCUCAGCAUCAUGAAGACCUUCAGCGUCGGUGGAAACAUUGGCGUCAACGCAUCGAUCCCCGUCGCUGGCACCGGUGUGAGAGCCAAGUUUAAUUUUGAUCGAACCACUCAAAAAGGUUGGUUCGUGGAUUUUGUUUGUUUGUUUGGGUUGGAUGUAUUAUUUUAUAAAUGUUUAAUUCACAUUGUAUUAAACUAUUUUUUACAGACGAUAAAAGAUGGAGCGCUGUAGGGAAUAACAAAAGUAGAAAAUUAAAUUUAGAAAAAAAUAUGUAACCGAAAAAAAGAUGUGUGAUUGAAUGUCUCUGUUUGUCCAAAAAUAAGAUGGGAAAAUGAAGACUCGUUAAUAUUGGAAUGGGAACAUGACCAAUUCAUCACCAUUUCCAUUCCAUUUAAGUCUUCUUAUUUAAUUAUAGUAUUAUCUUUUGUUGGCGUGGGAAGUCACUCAGGGAUUCCCCCCCACCCCCGCAAAAAAAAUUUUUUAAAAAUAAAAUAAAACAACCACAUAGCGUCUCUGUUCCGUAGGAAACAUCAACACGAGUGAGCAGGAGCUGACGUGGUCCAUCAACAGCGACAUUGUCGUACCGCCCAAAUGCACCACGACGGCCGAGCUGAAGAUCAAAGAAGAGGAUUUAAGUGGGGAUUUCGAGAUGGAUGCCACAUUUGAUGGGAAAGUAAGGAAUACUCUCUCUGCAGCCUUCAAUCGGACACCAGAUUGGAUUUGGCCAAUGACUAUGUCCCUAACACCCCGGCAGUCACUAAACCCAUAUCUGAGACACGACUCAGCGACCAAUAACAGAACAUUUUCCAUUUAAAAAUAUUUUUUUUUUAAAAUCCGUUACAUUAACUUCGCUUUUGCUCUUGUUUCUUGCCGGGUAGUGCAAUAUUCGGACUUACUUCCAGACAGUCUUAUCAAGCUGAAACUUGGUACAUAGAUGCGUUGCCGAUGACGACACAUUCUUUCAAACUUUCAGUCCCACGCAUGAACCUCAAUCCCCGUAAAUAAGUUGUUUUCCCUGUUUUUCAAAAGUGGGGGAUGAAAGAAACCUGAUGCCACUGAUUUCAUGAAAUAAAAUUCCCGAUAACUGCGCCAAAAUGAGAUUAUUAUUAUUAUGUUGUUAAAUAAGUUCGCUCGGUGCGUAAUAUUUUAUUGUUAUUUUUCAGAAACUUUUGGUGAAAUAAAUCUGCGGUGCAAAACCGGGCGGGACAUUGGAAUAUAAAUAUUUAAUAAAAUGCAUAUAAAGCAAUCCUGCACAACGUACGCCCGCGGGCCGCAUGUGGCCCGCCAGCACCCACUUUGCGGCCCGUGAGGUAACGAAAAACUCAUUAUUCUUAUUAUUUUCUUAAAUAGCUUUCCCCCCUGACCUAUAUUCUUUUGGCCCGCACAAGUCCUGUCCUAUUUUCUUUUGGCCGACACAAGUUUUUCAUAAUGUAUUACAGCCCGCCUUACAUUUUGAGUUGUGCAGGCCUGAUAUAAAGGAUUUAUAGGAAGAACUUUAUUUUUUCAGGGGUUCAUUCUUUACCUGUAAACGAUGCCAUUCGUAGAAAUGAUCUAUUCUUGACCUCCACAGGUUUACGUCGAUUACCUGCAUGAGAAGGAAGGUGACAUCUUACACUCGGACUCCGAGGAGGUGUCCGUCGUCUUCAAGGACGUCACGGGGUUCUUCAUGGACAAGGGCGGGUCGCCUCUGUACACGGUGAAAGGGAGCUGCAAGUGCAGGAUCGGUGUCGAGCAGAUGAUAACACUGAAGGAAGGCCCACUGAAUGAGUACCCCGUCCCCUUCAGGCUGCAAGGCAAGCUUGCCAUCGACACCAAGUAACCAGGGGCACCAAGGGGAGAAAAAAAAAACAACUCAAUCUUUGACUGGGAUGGUUGAAAAAUUUCCUGCUGUUUUCAUCAAGGGAAAAAUCAAUCUUUGACUGCGAUGGUUGAAAAAAAGUUGCUAUUGUUUUCAUUUCAAUAAAAAAAGCUUAGUUUUAAAAAAAUGUGUAGUAUUUGAACCCCUCUAUUACACACAAACAGCCUUUCCCCCCCGGCCCCCACAGAAAACCAACUUAAUUCAAAUUGCGUAAAGUGAAAGAAUUUUCAAUCAUUCAAAAAAUGUCGUCUCUCAGUUCAAUGUGUAAUGUUAGGUCAAACAUGAAUUCAAAGCACUUUUAAAAAUCGGAUCCGUGCUGGCAAAAAAAAAAAAAAGUUAACAUAUUUUUUGUUUCCUUUUUAACAUCUCUGGCAUCGUCUGGCUACCGGGGAAUUUAAGUAGGCAGACCUAACGGAGCCCUAACGCAAUUCUGUCUCAUUUCAGUAGGACUCUUGGCCGCCAUACUGAUUCGUUAGCUUAGCGGGAAGGGUGGACUGCCCCAAUUUCGCUGUAACACCUGUUAAGACGGCCUUGCUGUAAAUUUACAAAAAAAUAAUUAUAAAAACACACAAAAAAAACACUGCUUUCUAUUAAAUUACUGCCACUUAACACAUUUAUAUAUUAUAUUUCUCCAGAUCAGUGACUUAUUUUAAUCUUCAUCUCAUAGCCGUUCAGCCCCUUUCACCAGUUACCGUAUUUUUAGAAUCGGGGAAAAACUCAACGCUUCUUGCCCAGUGAUGUUGUUAGACGGCAUGUGAUGUUGUUAACUGGCAUCGGGUCUCCCUUAAGACUUGGCAAUGAUAAAUAUAGAAACCGAAAGAACGAACGCUUAUCUUUGUUUUGACCGAAGAAGGAAAGAAGGAAAGAGAAAAAGACAACGCCCCCCUGGUGUCUCUAGUUCCCGUUCGCAGUAGAUCAAUAGAUUGUAACCGUUCAACCCUUAUCAGAUAUUUUCAAUCAACGCCUGACCUCCCCCCCCCACCCCUCCAAAUGACACUAGCAUGCUCUGUUGUUGUUGUUGUUUUGUUUUAACGAUGGCAACCAGGGCUGUGAAAAUAUUUUUUUUAAAAUGGGGGUUGGCGGCGGCCAGGGUGAAUUUGCUCCGGGCGCAAAUAUAAGGGGAAGGGGGCCCCCAAAAUCGGUUUAUGAAGAGGACCAUAUUAGUGAAUCUCACUAUCAAUCCCAUGUACUUCAUAAUCGUCUUUUUUUGCUGAUGCGCCCCUACUGGAAAAAUUUUUGUCUAUAUACUGACGGGUGCCAUUCUCAGGUUUCGCCCCGGGUGCCACUUUUCCUUGGCAUGGCCACGAGUGCGACAAAAGAAAGCUAUUUUUUUCGAUUAUUUACUAUCGUGACCCAAUGAAAUGUAACCUUAGUAAAAUUCAAGAUUGAUUUUUUUAAAUAUUUUUUUUUGUUGUUGAAUGUUUUUUUUCAUCCCUGCCAUGAUAAGAGCCUCUUUAUUAUCGUAAAUGCCAUGGCUUUAUUUUCUAAGCAGAAUUUGUUAAGAGAAAG